GGGUUUUCCCCCCCUUCCUGCCGCUCCGCCGCUCGCAGCCCGUUAAAAACAGGAGGCAAGAUGGCCGAGCUGGGCAGCAAGGGGGUCACGGCCGGGAAAAUCGCCAGCAACGUGCAGAAGAAGCUGACCCGGGCGCAGGAGAAGGUCCUUCAGAAGCUUGGUAAAGCAGAUGAAACAAAAGAUGAGCAGUUUGAACAGUGUGUACAGAACUUCAACAAACAGCUGUCUGAAGGCACAAGGCUGCAGAAGGACCUCCGAACUUACUUGGCUUCUGUCAAAGCUAUGCACGAGGCCUCCAAGAAGCUGACAGAGUGUUUGCAGGAAGUUUAUGAGCCAGAUUGGCCUGGGAGAGAUGACACAAAUAAAAUAGCAGAGAACAAUGAUCUCCUGUGGACGGAUUUCCAUCAGAAGCUGGUGGAUCAAGCACUUCUGACCAUGGAUACAUACCUUGGCCAAUUUCCAGAUAUUAAAUCUCGUAUUGCAAAGCGAGGAAGGAAGCUCGUGGAUUAUGACAGUGCCAGACACCACUUUGAAGCCCUGCAAACUGCAAAGAAGAAGGAUGAAACCAAAAUUGCAAAGCCUGUUUCGCUGCUUGAGAAAGCUGCGCCUCAGUGGUGUCAAGGGAAGCUACAAGCUCACCUCGUUGCACAAACUAAUCUGCUCCGAAAUCAGGCUGAAGAAGAGUUAGUAAAGGCUCAGAAGGUGUUUGAAGAGAUGAAUGUUGAUCUGCAGGAGGAACUGCCUUCACUAUGGAAUAGUCGUGUUGGUUUCUAUGUCAACACAUUCCAGAGUAUAGCUGGCCUAGAAGAGAACUUCCACAAAGAAAUGAGCAAGUUGAACCAAAACCUUCAUGAUGUCCUGCUGGGUCUAGACAAGCAGUACUCAGGCAAUGCCUUCCCUGUUAAAGCACAGCCCAGAAAGAAAACUAAACUGUUCGCCAGGCUGAGGAAAAAGAUGAGCAGGUACCGUGACAGCACCCCAGCGAAAGCAAAUAAAAGCCCCUCGCCUCCACCAGAUGGAUCUCCCAUCACCAGCCCUGAGACCAAGACUGUCAACCAUGAGCUGGAACCAUCCACUUUGGAAGCACCUGGGGCAAGCAUCCCAAAGUCACCGUCUCAGUUGAGGAAAGGGCCUCCGGUGCCUCCGCCUCCAAAAGUCACCCCCUCCAAGGAGAUCAAGCAGGAGAACAUCAUCAGUCUGUUUGAUGACAAUUUUGUCCCCGAGAUAAGUGUGACAACCCCUUCGCAGUUUGAUGCCCCUGGGCCCUUCCAGGAGGGAGCCAGCCUGUUGGAUCUGGAUUUUGAUCCCAUUAAACCAGAUGCCACUGUGGGGAAGACCCCCACACCCGCCUCCCAGUCUUUACCUUGGGAUUUAUGGGAGCCUGCAGAAGCAGCUCGUGCAGGAGCUGAAGCAGCUGGAUCAGAAGCAGCAGCUGGAGCUGAAGCAUCUAAAACUGAAGCUGACUCAGGAUCGGGUUCUCUGCCUGCUGUUGUUGUGGAAACUUUCCCUGCAACCAUCAAUGGCACUGUGGAAGGAGGUGCUUCAUCUGAGAGAGCUGACAUGCCCCCAGGAUUUCUCUUCAAGGUCCAGGCCAUGCACGAUUACACGGCCACCGACACUGAUGAGCUGCAGCUGAAGGCUGGGGACGUGGUGCUGGUGAUUCCAUUUGAGAACCCUGAGGAGCAGCUGGAUGUGGGUGCAACAGCCAUGAACUCGAGACUCUCCAAGCUGCAGAGGGAUGAAGGAUGGCUGAUGGGUGUGAAGGAGUCUGACUGGAUCCAGCAUAAGGAACUUGACCAAUGCCGAGGGGUUUUCCCUGAGAAUUUCACAGAACGGGUGCAGUGAAAGUUGAAGCCCACCAGCUACAUUUCUGCUGGAAGAAAGCAAGUUUUCUGGUAGAUAAUUGAAAAAGAACAACAGGAAAAGAAGAGAGAAUUUUGAAGGAAUAGAAGCCUGAAAAAAGUCAACCUAAAGGGUGUGUUCUUCUCAAAGCGCAAGGUUUUCAGAAGUUAAUUGAAAUUCAAAGUGUUAUUGAAAUAUAUACAUAUUAAUAAUAAUAAGGCAAUUCAGAUACCCUCUUCCCCUAUGGUUUAAACAGCAUUUGGAUUCAAAGGACUGAUGCAGAAGCAACUCAGUGAAGUUCUCCAAGUACUGCAUUGACUGAAUUGCCAUAUGUCGGUCUGAUUCCUGGAAAGGCAGUAUUUGUUGAAUGGCUUGAGUGUAGAAGCUGCAUUUGCUCUUGGGUGGGUUAAUCUGUUUUGUCUUGAAGGUGGCUUGCAUGGCAACCAUUAAAAUUCAGCCUUCCCUACAUCUUCAACCUACAAUAGGCCAAACUUUCUGUUAUGCUGUUGAAAAAAAGAUUUAGUGUAUAGAGUUCACCACUACAAUGUAUGUGUGUGUGUGUGUGUGUAUAUUUUAUUUUCUUCCUUUAAAACAAUGUUGCAUAAACUGUGAUUUUAUACAUGUAAAGAUAGAAGAAACUACAUGGAAAGGGCAUGAAGAAGGUGAAAUUUGUGAAGUUGUGCUCAGUCCAAAGUUCUUUCAAAUGCAGACACCUAAAUCCUCACAGUAGUGUUGGCCUGUGAAAUCCUAAGGGGAAUGGACAAAUUCAGGAGGAGAAACAGGACAAAACAAAUAGAUGCCAUUUGAAUGUCUCUGAAAUUUAGGAGAGGGAAUCAUCUACCACACACAUCCCCAUCCCCUACCCCCCAAAAAAACCCAAACCUAUUGGUGGUUUCAGAAAAGUUUAGAUUCAUGUAGAUGGAAAAUAGCUCUAAAAUCUACUGGUUAGAAAAUUUGCUUUUAAAGACAGAGAUAAGGGAAGAAUUUUUUUUUCUGUAAGAAUAUCAAAGAGAAAACACUGA